AUGGGUGAAGAGCUUCUAUGGGCGAGCGACUGUUAUGCCGAUGACAUUCCCUACUGGACUGAUCUCCCUCAGGAGCGCAACAGCGAGCAACCCAAGGGCUGCUUGAUGAUUCCUUACAGCUAUGAUUGCAACGACUUCAAAUUCCUCACCCCAGCUACUGGCUUCCGCGACCCCAAUGGAUUCUACACUCACAUCAAGAAUGCUUUCGAUGUGCUUUACGAGGAGGCAGGUGCACCGAAAAUGAUGACCAUCGGCCUGCAUUGCCGCAUUAUCGGAAGACCUGGUCGUUUCAAGGCUCUGCAGGAUUUUGUCAAGUACAUUUCUGAGAAAGAAGGGGUUUGGGUUGCAACUAGGACCGAGAUUGCCGAAUCUUUCAGAGAACAGUUCCCAUACAAGAGGGGACAUCUAGCAUAG